AGAUGUUCAGGGCUGGAGUUAUAUCAGCAGGGCGACGACGACAAUGAACGGUCUGCUUCCCACGUUCGACGAGAGACAGGGAGGAGGAGCUGGAGGAGGUGGGGGAGGAGGAGCUGGAGGAGGAGGUCGUGUUCCCAGCUAUGGCACUGAGCUGUCGGAUCAUGCGAUGAAGGAAGGCGGGCAGGAGAGCAUCUCGUCGCCUCUCUCGAGGCAGCGAGUCUUCCGCGUGACGACGCUCGAGGAUCAGGACUACGACGCCAUUCCUCUGCAGAGAUUGAAGAAUGUGCUGGGAAGGGAUAGCUGGAUGAAGCGAGCUGCGAUCUGGAUCAUAGUGGCUGCAAUUAUCCUCCUCGUCCUCCUUGUCACUGCCUACCUGCACUCAAACGCCAGGCUGCAUGUCGCGCUAGAAGCGUGUGUGCAAAUCGACAACGUGGACACCUCGCACAACGAUGCCGUGAGAUGGUUGAAGAUGGAGAAGACGGCUCCAGAGGUCACUUCUUCUUUCCCCACCAUGAGCCAUCCCCUCCCCAUCGCCUCCCGGACGAAAGUCACUGACAACCCAAGAAAUCCACUCAUGUGGAGAAAGAAAGUACCUGUGAUGCCUUUGCCCUCCAUCCCCAACACACCAAGUCUACUUCGCCUGCCUGUCAGCCUAGCAACCACCUUGUACAUUCAACGAAUGCAAGAGAGCAGGUCUUUCAACGACGAUGAGACUCCCGGGCAGGACAAACGAGUCAAUCGCCUCAAGUCUCUUCGGCAGGCCCUGCCGGUCGACCUCUACCAAUCACCUGCUGUCCGCCGCGUCCUCGUCGACGUCCUCCGGCUGCUCCGCAUUGCGCAUCGUUCUGGGCUCGUCACGGAGGUCCCUCUUGUCAAAGGCACGGGAGUUCUUGCCGUCGCCUCCCUGCCCGACGGCUGGGGGUCACAGCACAAGGCAGAGAGGAAGCGAUUCAUAUCGCAGAUGAACCGAUUCGUCGCCUGUACGCGCAAAGGAGCUCAAGUGCCCUGCUCCUCUUACGUUGACAUCAUGAGAUAUCCUCAGUCGGUCUCCCUCCUCUACUGGGGCUCCUUCUCUCUCCUCAAGUUCCACGGUCAAGGGAUUCUCUACUGGCGUAAUGGCCUGGUUGCCUACAAUGGGUCCUGGGCUAACGGGACCAUGAGCGGGCAAGGGAUGCUCUUCGACCACUAUGGGAAGCGGAUAUGGACAGGAGAGUUCAGACAUGGGCGGCCGCGAGGAAGUUUGGGGGACCUCUGGAAGAAUUAUUGGGCAUGA